GAAAAUAUUUGCAAAAUGAGCUCAAUUUAUUCUCCAAAUUUUAAAACUUUUGAUAACCAGAAGGAUCAAGGACACAGAGAGAGACAUAAGUUUGCUACUCAGACCCAUAUGAAUGACCUCCUGGACAUGGCAAGGAACAAUCUAGAUGGCUUGAAUAGCUCAAUGAACAGAUCUAGAGAGCGGGACUAUGAAAAUAUACCAAAGAGCAAGCUUAACAUGUACAAGUUUCUGGAAUACAAUAGACCGCCGUCAACUCCUUCUGCUAAGUUCAGGAUGAGGGAUAACUAUAUGGGAUCGAAAAUAGGUAGCCCAAUCUCGAGAGCGGGCGAUAGUAUAAAUAUUGAUAAUAUCAAUAACCAAUCAUACCUCAGCGUAGAAGGAUCCCCGGCUCAAGAGGCUACAUAUGAGGGACUGCCUCCUAAAACUCCAUUAGGGCUUGCUAGUCCUCAGAUAAAUAAUGCUGAUUUAAAUCAUCAUAGUAUCAGCAUCAAGUUAGCUAAUCAAGCUCAGAUCCUACAAGACAAAAUCGAACUGGAGUUCAAGGGUCAGAUGGCUGCAUCCAAAGAGGAGAUGCUGUUCCUUCAGAAAGAAAUGACCGAUAACAUCAAACAAGAUUUGAAAAAGGCUUCAGAAUGAGCAGAUGAUCUAGAAACCCUCCAGAAGAAAUUCGAUGAGUACAAAACAGAGACGACAGGCCGUCUAGACUUAGUCCUUAGAGAGAUUGAGUUAGUCAAGGCUGAGAACAACACACUUCGUGAUGAAGUUAUCAAAAGUUCUCAUAAAGUCGAUCAAGUCGAGAAGAUCAAGCACCAGGUAGAUGAUUCCCUCGGAUCUCUUGAAGAGACUCUCAAGCGGGAUCUGAGGCCUAUGAUAGAUGAAAUAACAACUCAGUUAAAUCAAUUGGAGAAUCAAUUCAAGAAUGACUCCAGACAGAAGGAUACUAGCAUUAGGACUCUUGUAACUUCACUUGAUGAACACGUUGAUACCUUCAAUAAAUAUAAGAAAGAUACACAGAAAAAGCUGACGAGAUAUAUCAACAGUGAAGGUUUAGAUGACCUCAGAGUAGAGCUCUCUAAAGAUUAUAUCCACAAGAUCAACAAAAAUGCAAAGGAACUGGAAGUUAAUUUAGAAGACCAGCGUGUCCAAGUUCAGGACAUUCAAAAGAGGCUUGGCAAGAGAAUAGAUACUCUUGAAGAGACCUCGAACCAAGUGCUAGACCAGAUAGAUACCCUCAAAGGAAGAGAUCUCAGUAGGAGCUCUGCUCCUAAAGAGACUCCAGGCAUGCGCCAACUUGAAGGAAAAGUGAAACGUCUUCAAGAUGAUGUUGAGGAUAUCAGCUUUAAGGUCAACCAGCUUGACAAAAAGAUCGAUGGGGCCAAUUCUCUUAAUCUUAUCAGGAACGAUAGCCAGAUGAUCCAAGAAACCAAACUCAAGAGCACAGGUCUCAGGAUCCCAGAGAAUUCUUCUGAAGAUGAAGAGGAAAAGGUACAAAAUCUAACUCAAAAGUAUCAAACCAAGCUUGAAAAAGUGGACUCAUUCAACGAUUUGGAGGAAGUACAAUUGGAGGAGGACAAGCCCAGUUUAAUGAAGAAGGACAAGAGCUCUAACUCGAUAUGGGGAACCAAUAAUAGACCUAGUCACUCCUCCAGACCAUCUGCAUCUCAGAGGAGCAGUAGAGUCUCUAGUAAGAAAUCUUCAAGACCUUCUAAGAAAACUGAGGAGAGAGUUGAGCCAUUUAAAAAGUCUGAACCUUCCUUAAAAUCUGAAUCUAAAGAGGAAUCUAAAAAGGUAGAAACUGUACAGAAGUUUGAAAUGUUUGAUGAAGAAAAGAAAAAGAAGCAGCUUGCUGAAAAGAUUGCUCCUUCUCAGAGGCCCGAACCUACUCAGAAGGCUGUGUCACAUCAGAAAACAGGACCUGCUCAGAACACAGGGUUCUUAGAUAACCUAGACUCAAGCUUUAACGAAGAAGAUAGUGAAGAUGAGAGUGGAUUAGAGAGUUCCAAAGGAGGUGUCCAAUUUUUCGGAAAUCAAAAUAAGCUUAGCACAAAUACUGCAAGCAAGGCUCCAGCUCAGCAAUCUCAGAAGGAAAUAGAGAGAAUAACUAAUCAAUUAAUCGAAGAUGAGAUUAGCAAGAGUAUGGCCAAGCACAAAAACAUCACCCAAGCUCAUGAGCUGAUUAACCCAGUUAGAAAUAGAAAUGUGCCUUCUUGGAGAAGCCAGAUCGAGCCUGUAUCUCAAGUAGACACCAAGCCGAAAGCUUUUGAGUACAGAGGGAUCAGAAGGCAAACAGAGAGUAUCCAAAAUCCCAAGAACGACUUCGGUGACUGGGAUGUCACCAAUAAUGACCAGAGGCAGUCAGAUCCAAGCGAUUUUCAGGCCAAGCAAGAGGUUGACUCUGAAAGCAUCGAAGAUGAUUGGGACUAUGAGCCUGAAGAAAAAAAGACUAAAGCACAGCCAGCAGCCCAAAGGAACCAAGAUAUGUACAACAAGCCCCAACCAGCUUUCAAUAGACCCCAGCCAGCUGCUAGCAAACCACAAAAAGAAGCAAAGCCAAGAAAUAGUGGGUUUGAUUAUGGAGGUCUAGAUGACUUCGAUGAAGAAAGCAUGGAUCACUCAGUAGAAUCAGCCUCUGAUGACUACGAUUGGGGAUCAAUGGAAUUUUAAGCAGACGUAUACCUUUCUU